AUCAAACUGAAGUUAACUUCUUUAUCGACCGGUCUUUGACAGAUUGUCACCAUAUUGGCGAAACGUGUUGUGCUCGAUUUUUACAAUUUUCCAGUUAUAACACGCUUUUACAUUAAUAAUGAGUCGUUUUUUUGCGAGUUCCGACUCAGAUUCGGACUCAAGUUCAGAAGAGGAGCAAAUUCAACGUCCCCAGAUUCCAACAUACACCUUUAGUGAUGAUGAAGAAGAAGUCAAGCGCGUUGUGCGCUCAACGAAAGAAAAGCGUUACGAAGAAUUAAGCAACAUCAUCAAGCAAAUUCGUAAUUAUAAAAAAAUUAAGGAUAUGAGUAGUAUGUUGAACAGCUUCGAAGAGUUACAACGAGCUUACACAAAAGCGGCCCCCGUUAUUUUAAAAGAAGAAAAUGGGCAAACCCCUCGAUUUUACGUCCGGUGUUUGGCGGAAAUGGAAGAUUUUAUUGGAGAAAUGUGGGAAGAUCGCGAAGGGAGGAAAAAUAUGAGCAAAAAUAACAGCAAAUCGUUAUCGUCGAUGCGACAAAAGUUACGAAAGUACUUAAAAGACUUCGAGGAUGAUUUGGUGAAGUUUAGGGAGAGUCCUGAUAUGCCUGAUGAUGAAGAAGAUGAAGAAAAACCUGAAAUUGAGGUUGAAUCUGAAGAUGAAAUCCCCCCACAAAAGCCUGAAAUCCCCACCGCCACUGUAGCUGAUGAUGAAGGUGAUGGUGAGAGCGAUUCUGAUGAGUGGCCCUCUGAUUCUGACUCAGACACUGAAAGUAGUGAUUAUGAUGAACGAUUGACUACAAUGCGAGAUCAUUUCUUAAAGGAUCCAAAAAAACCGGGAGGGGGAGCCGCCCCCACUGUUAAAAUCCCUGAAGAUGAUCGAAUGAGGAGUAAGAAAGAGCGAAAACCACAGAGAGGGAAAAUAAGGAAGGAAGACGAAGAGGAUGGUGAAGGAGAAUGGGAAACUGUUAAAGGAGGAGUUGCAAUUCCAAGUGAAAAACCGAAAAUGUUUGCGAAAGACGCGGAAAUCGAUUUAAACCUCGUUAUUAAAAAAUUAAACGAAAUUAUGGCAGCGAGAGGUAAAAAACGCACCGAUCGUCGAGAACAAAUCGAGUUAUUACACGAAUUAGUCGCAAUAACGGAACAACACGGUCUAGGAGCCGCAAUUUGCGUCAAAAUCAAAUUCGCAAUCGUUUCCGCAAUUUUCGAUUAUAAUCCCAAAGUAUCCGACGCGAUGAAACCCGAGUAUUGGAACAAGUUACUCGAGCGCAUGUCGGAGAUGCUCGAUAUUCUUAAAGACCAAGACAUUUUUAUUUCCGAGUCGAUUACCGAGGAGAUGGAGAAUUUUGAAACGGCGCCUUUCAAGAUUCGAGGUUGCGUUUUAACGAGUUUGGAGCGUUUAGAUGACGAGUUUAUUAAGUUAUUGAAGGAGUGCGACCCGCAUAGUAACGAAUACGUUGAAAGAUUAAAAGAUGAAGGGAAAGUUGCGAUGAUUAUCGAUAAAGUUCAAUGUUAUUUGGAGAAAUACAAUAAUAACUCGGAGUUGUGUCGGAUUUAUUUGAGAAAAAUCGAACAUUUGUAUUACAAGUUUGACCCGAGAGUGCUUAAAAAGAAAAGUGGGGAGCUUCCAAGUGAUACCGCAACUUCCGUACAAGAAAUGGAUAAAUUAUGCAAAUACAUUUACGCUAAAGAUAGCACGGAUCGUUUAAGAACUCGCGCAAUUUUAUCCCACAUUUACCACCACGCUUUACACGACGGUUGGUUCCAAGCUCGCGAUUUAGUUUUGAUGUCGCAUCUCCAAGAAACGAUCCAACACUCCGAUCCAUCGACUCAAAUCCUUUAUAAUCGUAUGAUGGCGCAUUUGGGGCUAUGCGCGUUUAGACACGCUAAUAUAAAAGACGCCCACAGCUGUUUAGUCGAUUUAAUGAUGACGGGGAAGCCCAAAGAGUUACUCGCGCAAGGGUUACUCCCCCAACGGCAACACGAGCGUAGCAAGGAGCAAGAAAAAAUCGAAAAACAGCGCCAAAUGCCGUUCCAUAUGCACAUUAAUUUGGAGUUAUUAGAAUGCGUUUAUUUAGUUUCAGCGAUGUUAAUCGAAAUCCCUUACAUGGCCGCGCACGAGUUUGACGCGAGAAGAAGGAUGAUUUCAAAAACUUUUUAUCAACAACUACGAAGCUCCGAGCGUCAAUCCCUAAUUGGCCCCCCUGAGAGUAUGAGAGAACACGUUGUGGCCGCCGCGAAAGCAAUGCGAAACGGCCAUUGGGCCGCUUGCAACAACUUCAUAAUCAACGAGAAAAUGAACGCGAAAGUUUGGGACCUUUUUUACCAAUCAGAUCAAGUCCGAUCCAUGUUAACCAGAUUAAUCAAAGAAGAAUCCCUCCGCACCUAUUUAUUCACUUAUUCCCACGUUUACGACUCAAUCUCCGUUAAAACAUUAGCCGAAAUGUUCGAAAUGGAAACCUCAUCCGUUCACUCAAUCAUCUCAAAAAUGAUCAUCAAUGAGGAAUUGAUGGCCUCGCUGGAUGAUCCGACCCAAACCGUCGUGAUGCAUCGCAGCGAACCGUCGCGAUUACAAUCUUUGGCACUCCAAUUGGCCGAUAAAAUCAACAAUUUCGUUGAUUCGAACGAGCGAAUUUUGGAAACGAAACAAGGUAACUUCUUUUUGAGGGGACCCAAUCAAGGUAACUUUAGAGGGGAUCGCCAAAACUUUGGCAGAUCGAACCAACAGGAAUGGGGCAGAAAUCGGCGCGAAAAUAGAAAUCGCGAUUAUAAUUAAAAAAAAA